UUGAUAUUCCUGUUUUUGGUUUGUGUUUGACAGAGGCAAUCCAUGUUGCCACUCAGAAUGUUGAAUCUGCGAUUGGGAUUAGUUUUAUCUCUAUCUAUGCUCUUUUUGCUUUCGAUACGGUCUCAGGCUGCUGUAUCAAGCAUAGGUCUAGGUUCAGAUUGGCUAAAAGUGGCUGUGGUAAACCUAAAACCAGGACAGAGUCCAAUCUCGAUUGUCAUAAAUGAGAUGUCCAAGUGCAAAUCUCCAGCAUUGGUGGCGUUCCAGUCUGGAACUCAGUUACUCGGGGAAGAAGCAGCUGGAAUUGUGGCCCGUUAUCCUGAUAAAUUAUAUUCCCAGCUGAGGGACAUGGUUGGAAAACCAUAUAAACAUGUCAAGGGUUUUAUUGAUUCAAUGUUCUUGCCAUUUGAUAUUCUUGAAGAUUCUAGAGCUGCUGCAGAGGGAAAGUGGUUGCUCCAGGCAGCACAGUUGGCAGGGAUUAACGUGCUUUCUUUGAUAAAUGGGCACUCAGGUCAAUUUGAGACUUCAAUUUUCCUCAAUACUUCCAUUUCUUGUGAUAUCUCUUUAGAUGCUAUCUGCACUGUCCUUAUUGUGGUUAAGGAUAUUAGAUGGGACUCAGAACUUGGUGGCCAGAAUAUGGAAUUGAGGUUGGUGGAGUACUUUGCUGAUGAAUUUAAUAAACAACUCGGAAAUGGGGUUGAUGUGAGGAAGUCUCCCAAGGCAAUGGCUAAAUUGAAGAAACAGGCCAAACGUACAAAAGAAAUUCUAAGUGCAAAUACAAUGGCUCCAAUAUCCAUUGAGUCCUUCUAUGAUGAUAGGGACUUCAGGAGCACCAUAACCCAUGAGAAGUUUGAAGAGCUCCAUGAAGAUCUUCAGGAGAAAUCUCUUACACCUGUGAAAGAAGUUCUCAAGUAUUCUGGUUUGGAAGUGGAUGACAUAUAUGCAGUGGAGUUCAAUGGAGGAGCAACUAGGAUACCAAAGUUGCAGGUUAAGCUCCAGGAUUUCUUGGAAGAAAAGAGCUGGACAAACACCUGGAUGCUGAGGAAGCAAUUGUUCUUGGCGCAGCCCUCUAUGUUGCUUGUUCCACGGAUGAAGAAACUCCCCAGUAAGAUGUUCAGGACCAUCGUCCAUAAUAAAGAUUUUGGAGUUUCACUUGGCUAUGAAAGUGAAGAUCUUCUACCACUCGAUCUUUUGUCCCCUGUGUUUGCUCAGUAUGUUGUGUCUGGUUUGGCAGAAGUAUCUGAGAAGUAUUCAUCUCACAAUUUAUCUGCACCUAUCAAAACAAACCUACACUUUUCACUUAGCAGAAGUGGAAUGAAUGCAACUAUUGCUUCAUCUAACAUAUCUGCUGAAGUUGGUGCCGAAAAGGCACCAGAAGAAAAUAAAGAAGGCUUAAAUUCUGAUAGUGUAGUGAGCAGAGCAUCUAAUACUAACACUAACACUGACACUACUGUUGAAGAACCAAGCACAGUUGAUCUUGGUACAAAGAAAAGGCUGAAGAAAAAAACAUUUAGAGUGCCACUGAAGAUAGUGGAGAAAACAGCAGGACCUGGAAUGUCUCUGUUAAAAGAGUCUCUUGCUAAAGCCAAAGAAAAGCUUGACUGUGAAGAAUUUGAGAAAAUAUCUUCCGUAGAUGAACACCAGUCCUUUAUGGAAGAGCUUGAUGAGGUUCAAGAAUGGCUAUACACUGAUGGAGAAGAAGCUACAGCUAAGGAGUUUCAAGAACGCCUUGAUUCAUUAACAGCUAUUAGUGAUCUGAUAGUUUUCCUGUAUGACCUACUUUCUGGGGAUAUAGGCUUCAUUAAAUAUAGAGAACUAACUGAACGGCCAACAGCAGUAGAAUACUCCCAAAGAUACCUUGGUCAACUGCAGCAGGUUAUUCAAGGCUGGGAGGAAAAUAACCUUGGCUUCCAAAAGAAAGAGUUGAUGAGCUCUUGGUGAUAAAGACAAGUUCAAAACUUGGUUGAAAGAGGAGGAGACUGAGCAGACGAAGACUUCUGCAUUCAGCACUCCCAACAUUCACAUCUGAAGAAGUAUACAGGAAGCUUUUGGAUUUGCAAGCUAAGGUUGACAGCAUUAAUAAAUUAAUAAAAUUCCAAAGCCAAAGCCUAGAGUUGAGAAGCCUGUAAAAAAUGAAACUGCCAGCAAUGGGGAGAACGUUAAAGAUUCCAACUCAACAUCUGAGAAUACAUCACAAGGUGACAAACCAGCUACUGAGUCAGAUGCCCUGGCUGAUGAAAAGGUUGCAGCAGAAGGCGAGAACCAUGACGAGUUAUAAUCAAGUUGGUACGAGUUGCAGGUUUCAUAACCUAUUCAUUGCCCUUUUUAAGUUGGAAAAAUUUGCGCAUGCAGGCAAAAUGGUAGGAAAGAAGGGGAAGAGUUUUCCACCUGAGGUUUUGAUCAGUCAGAUGAACGGAUACAGUAGUAGCUUAACCAGUCUUUACUUUGUUUAUCCUUGAUUACCAUUAAUACUAACAUAGGUGAGGGGCCAUUUCUGGGUAAUCUAGUUCGUCGUGGAAAAAUUUUUGGCAUUCUGAUGAGGAUUUUCGUUAUAUAUAAACACAUGUAAUCAUAAACCCGAGGUUAUUUUCUUAACUACUGUUGCUUUCUUUCAUCUUAAAACUGUUGUUCUAUUUUUUUAUUUUGGAUAACCGAUGCUAAACUUCUCUUUCUAGGAGGGUAACCCACGCGUUGGUCCUCCUUAUUCUCCAACAAGAUUUGUUGAUGAAAAAUUUUCACAACAGUUACAGCAUCUUGAAUUCACUAAUGAAAGUAAAUAUUACAU